CAAGUGGACUUUACCUUAUCUUUUCAGAAGGAAUCCUACAAACUCCAAAUGGAUCUCGACAAUCUCAUGAAGGAUGGUUCACAGAGGGAGCUCCUAUAGCUAUGGUAGACAAUGGAAUGCUGUCUACCUUACGGUCGGAAUGUCCGCUAUUGGAAAAUGGAACCCUUACAACUACGGGCCAUCGUAAUACUUUUCGCGAUGUCAACGCUUUUUGGAAUAAAAUUGAACUAAAUGAACAGCUACAGGAUCAGUUACAGGCUGCAGAGGUUGAAGCUACUAGUUCGUUAAUAAGUAUCUCCACAAAAACUCUUACAACAACAAUUGGAAACAUUCACUCGGCUAUUAAAAAUGUUAACGAUACAUUGACAAUAACAGGAGCAGAAAAUACCAAAAAACGACCAGCUGAAGAGCAUUCUCCUGUUAUUAUACCUCAUCCCAACCUUCGCAAUACCACUCCUCCUCCAUGUUAUAACAGCAGGGAUAAUUCUUUUGAUGAUUACAAUGAAGAAUCAACUGAGGCCUCUCCAGAUGAUGAUGAGAAUGAAAAUGCAUCAAUUGAGAUUCAACAUUUUAUCUCAAAGAUGGAAAAUGCAAAACAUCGUCUUUUUGAUUAUCGUAUUGUUAAUAUCUCUGAAAAAAAUUUAGUUGAUCCAAUAAACAAAGUCUUCUCGAGUGAUGAUAAGGAAAGAAUGAGAAAAAUAUGGGAAAAAAAAAAGAAUACAACGCGUAGGUCAAAAUGGGAUAAGAGUAUCAAGCCUCUAAUAAACAAGUAUGCUUCCGCCAUUGAAGUGAAGUCGGAUUCGGUUUUUGAUGAUGAUGUUCGGCAACAGUCAACAAGAGUUGUUUUCGAAAUACCAUUUGAUAAUGAAUUUGAUUUCAAAAGACAUUAUGAUAUGUUAUGGGUACAGGAUGUUUAUCGUAGAUUCAUAUUUUUGUUUGCAUCACCUUUCAAUAUACUUCGUGAUGCGAAUACACAGGAGAUAGCUUACAGAGAAUCAUUUGUCAAUCCUUUAAUCCCAAAAGCAUUUGACGAUCUGAAUGAUAAGAUUAGUGGAGAGAUAGAAAGUACCAUCCGUAAACAGCACCGAAAUCAAACAAGAGGCCAAAAGCCUCGAGUUAGUCUUGGAUCAAAACAUGACGGUAUCCUAAAGAUUUAUAUGAAUGCAACUGAAAUGGAAAUCGGAUUUUUAGAAGUGGUAGGAAAUGCAAUAGAUGUAGAUCUUACAGGAUAUUAUGAAGAUAUGGAAAAAUUAUUCAAAGCAAUGCAUAUAUCAAUUUUUUACCAACGUCAACAUCACUUAAGACGUAAUGCAACAAAAGAACAAAUCCUAUGUGUUCAAAGCUUUGAGCGUGAGAUGACAAUAUAUACAAUGCACCAUGCUAAAGGUGGCUUGCACAUAGUAGAUAUUCUCACAAAUUUUACAAUCCCAGAUAACAAGGACCAAGCGUAUGUGAUAGAUGAAAUCAUAGAAAAAGUGUAUUUUUUCAAGUUGCAAGAAAUAUCACGAAAGACACAAAAAUAUUCCCCCUCUGACGAAAAUCCAUUGGAAGCGUCACCAUCCAAAAGAUCAACACGACAAGCAUGA